ACUGGCAUUACUUAUUUGAAAGAGUAACUCAGAUAUUUUCUUGUAAAUUAAAAAGUAAUGCAUUACUUUACUAAUCAUUUAUAGAAAGUAAUAUGAUUAUGUAACUCCCCCAACACUGCAGUUGAAAAAUGUCACCCUAUUUAAAUCAAACACACAGAAUUCCAAUAAUCCAGAGCAAAAUGAGUCCAUCUUAGCCUGCUUUUUACAUUCUCAUAGAUUUAUUUUUAGAAUGCAGGGGUGGAAAGCGGGACAUACAGUCAGAAUCACGCACACAGACACACUAUAGAUCAUCAGGAGUUGAAUAGAAUGAGCCGCCCUUGAAACUGAAGCACAAUUGGCGCCUGAUAUAUUCCAGAAUCACACUCUGAUCCUAAUGGCGACAGAAGUAGAGGGCUCAGCAUGAGCCCACGUAAGAAAACCGAUUGCAAACUACGUCCCAUCAGCAUCAGAAGAGCGGCCCGAUUACACUCCAUGUGUGUGUAGCUGAAUGGCUGGCAUACCGUUCCAUUGUCAGUCUGUCAUCCAUGGCAUUUAGCAGCAUCAUGGCACUGAGGAAGGGAUUCCUGCGCUCAUGGUAUAUGAGGAGCCAGUGACAGUGAUGAACUCCGAGCAGGAAAGGCCGUUCAUGUGCAGCGCUCCGGGCUGCUCUCAGAGAUUCCCAACGGAGGAUCAUCUAAUGAUUCAUCGACACAAGCAUGAGAUGACCCUCAAAUUCCCCUCCAUCAAAAAUGACAACAUGCUGUCAGACCAGACACCAACCCCAACGCGCUUCUUGAAGAACUGCGAGGAGGUGGGUCUCUUCAGCGAGCUGGAUUGCUCUAUCGAACAGGAGUUUUGCAAGGCUCAGGAGGAGGAGGAGAGCAAACAGAAUAUCGCUCUUCAUGGGCAGCACCAGCAGAUCCACUCAAGAAUGGCCAACCAUGACAGCAGCAUAGUGAUCCAGCAGGCCCUGCCCUCGCCCCAGUCCAGUUCUGUCAUCACUCAAGCCCCUUCCACCAACAGACAGAUUGGACCAGUGCCUGGUUCCCUUUCCUCGUUGUUGCACCUGAGGAACAGACAGCGACAGCCGCUGCCGGCCUCCAUGCCUGGCACGUUGCCUGACCCGACUAUGCAAGGAUCGUCUGCUGUUCUAAUGCCUAUGGAGAGGCAAAUGUCUUUGGGGUCUAAUAUGAUGGGCAUGCAAGGCCCCGCCCACAGCGGCUCAUGCUCCUCCCCUCAUGUCCCAUCCAUGCACUCAGAGGCAAAGCUGAGACUGAAAGCUGCCCUUGCCCACCAUCCAGGGGGCAUGGCGAACGGCAAUAUGAACUCCAUGGGUCAUAUGAUGGAGAUGAUGCAAUCGCGGCAGGAUCAGGCCGGUCACCACCACCUGCACUCUCACCCCCAUCAGCACAUGCAGGGCCCACUCCACGGAUACCCACAUCAUGCCCACCAACACCCCAGCCAUGCACAGAGCACCCAUCACCACCCACAAAACCACGGGCACCACAACUCCCACCCGCCCCACCUGCACCCUGCACACGGGCAUCAGACCUCUCCACAUCAACCAAUGCACUCUGCUGCUUCACAGUUAUCUCCAGCUGCACAGCAAAUGCAGCUGACACAGACCCUUCAGUCCCCGCCGCCCAGUGGAGGGCGCCGCAGACGGGUCGUAGACGAGGACCCCGACGAGCGCAGGAGGAAGUUCCUAGAGAGGAAUCGCGCGGCCGCCACACGCUGCAGACAGAAGAGGAAAGUGUGGGUGAUGUCGCUAGAAAAGAAAGCAGAGGAGCUCACCCAAACCAACAUGCAGCUGCAGAACGAGGUUACCAUGCUAAAAACUGAGGUGACACAACUGAAACAGCUUUUAUUGACGCAUAAGGACUGUCCCAUCACCACCAUGCAGAAAGAGUCUCAAGAUUACCUCAGUCCAGAGAGCAGUCCGGCAGAAAGUCCCACCCCUGUAACCCAGCAGCAAGUCAUCCAGCACAACACCAUCACCACCUCCAGCACAGCACCCAAUCACCGCACAGAUAUUAACCCCAUCCACUAGAGACUCACCCCCUUACGCCCUUUACCACGCUGGACAUCCCGACUAAAAAUCCUGGACAGACACACACCUCUGUGCCUCUGCGGCAGCUUAUUCUUCUGUUUGUAAUUUGUAAAUGUAAACGGAUUACCAUUUUGUUUAGUUCUGUGUGUUAUAUGUUUCCAUUUGUGUCUGCUUAAAAAAAGGGAGUUUGCAUAAAUCAUCGGGCACCAUCUCACGUGUCAAGGACAUCGCUAAUGGAAACGUAACUGUUACAUCUGUUCCUGGAUUACUGCUGGACCACUGCCUUUACAAAUGACAAAA